GUAUCUAACGUUUCUGUGGACUUUCCCGACGAAGUUGGGGAACAAUCUGGAAAAAUGGAAAUUUAACUCGGACAUGAAGCCAAGACGUCCAGGUACUAAGUGGUGAGGAAGAACACUGGAACUACCCCCCUCCCUCCAGCAGGAGUCUGAAGCUGAAAUUGUCUGAGGACUGGGGGAUCAUACAACAAGUAGUCCUUAAGACUCUGGUUCUUUGAAGCUUACAGCCAUGAUUGAAGAACUGUUGAACGUGUGGAGUGCCAUGCUAGAGUAUUUCUCUGAAGUUUGGGAGACCGUGAUGGAAGGCCUCUUUGAUUCUUGGAUGACAGUACUUCAAGAAAUCAAUGGGGAUUGUAGAGCUGUGCUUCUAGACUUCCCUGAGGACUGGAGGCAUACAUACCAAGAAUUGGUACAUCUCUGUGAUUUUGUACAUAAUGAACUGUAUGACACCUGGGAGUAUACACAUCAUCAACUGUUUGAGACCUGGGCUAUUACACUACGACCAUUGUCUGAGAUCUGGAGGUUCAUCCCUGAAGAACUGCUCGAAGCCUGGAGGUCUGAAUCUCGAGAACUGAAUGACUCGUGGAUUCUCAUGCUGGAAAAUCUCUCUCAGGGUUGGGUCACCAGGCUUCACCAACUGCUUGAGACGUGGGAUUCAAUUUGUGCUGGUCUUUUUGACGAACUGGGUAACUUUAUUAAAGUUAAAAUAUGUAAAAAAUAAAAUGUUGU